CGACAACCCACACAUCCUGUUUCCCGUUAGCUCAUCGAGCUGCAAUAUUCAAGCCUUGACAUUGCGAAGAUGGACGCUGUUAUGGUCUAGACCUGGAUAUAUAGGAACCACAAACUGCGAGUUUCAGAUCUCUGUUAUGAGAACAUUUCCCGUUCGUCCAGGUGGAGGCUGGAGGUGUGUGUAGAGUGCAGUACACAUCAGCAGCAUGUAUUCUGAGUGGCGCUCACUGCAGCUGGUGGUGCAGAGUGACCAGGGCCAUCUCAGUGUUCUGCACAGCUAUCCCACCACCGUGGGCACGGAGGUGGCAAAUGCUGUGGUCAAACCUCUGGGUACAGCUGUAAGCCCUGUGGCCACAGAGAAUAUCCUGAAGACGGACAAGGAGGUGAAAUGGACCAUGGAGGUGUUGUGUUAUGGCCUCACCCUCCCCCUGGAGGGAGACACUGUGAAGCUGUGUGUGGAUGUGUACACAGACUGGAUGAUGGCCCUGGUGUCGCCCAGGGACUCCAUGCCUACGCCGGUUGUCAAGGAGCCCAACAUGUACGUCCAGACCAUCCUCAAACACCUCUACAACGUCUUUGUGCCAAGGCCUGAGCAGCAUAGUCUGAACCACAUCAGGCUCUGCCAGCAGGUUCUAACUGCAGUCCAGAAGUUGGCACGUGAGUCUGUUUCCAUGGUGAGGGAAACCUGGGAGGUGCUAUUGCUCUUCCUGCUUCGCAUCAACGACACAUUACUUGCCGCGCCAACGGUUGGAGUUGGCGUUGCUGAGAAACUAGCAGAGAAACUGAUGGCGGUGCUGUUCGAGGUGUGGCUACUGGCGUGCGCUCGCUGCUUUCCCACGCCACCAUAUUGGAAGACAGCGAAGGAAAUGCUGGCCAACUGGAGACACCACCCCCCGGUUGUAGAGCAGUGGAGCAGAGUGGCCUGUGCCCUCACCUCCAGGCUCUUGCGCUUUACACAUGGACCAUCCUUCCCGCCCUUUAAAGUUCCCGAUGAAGAUGCCAGCCUGAUCCCUUUAGAGAUGGACAACGACUGUGUGGCUCAGACGUGGUACCGCUUCCUCCACAUGUUAAGCAACCCAGUGGACCUGAGCAACCCUGCGAUAGUGAGCACCACUCCGAAGUUUCAGGAACAGUUUCUAAACUCCAGCGGCAUCCCUCAUGAAGUGGUGCUGCAUCCAUGUUUGAAACAGCUGCCCCAGAUCUUCUUCAGGGCCAUGAGGGGCAUCAGCUGCUUAGUGGAUGCAUUCUUAGGUGUCUCUGUUGAAAAGAAAGAUGUACGGGAGAGGGUGUUCACUUUUUCUCCAGUGCUGCACUCUCAUGGUAUAUCACGUCCCAGAUCUGACAGUGCCCCGCCCACCCCGGUCAACAGAAUGAGCAUGUCUCCGCCCCCCUCCAUCACCAACACCACCCCCCCCCACAGCCGCAAGCAACGGCAUACAGUGGUCACCAAAACCACGAGCAAGAGUUCAACGGGCAGUGGCAGUCAACCAACCAAAGGGUCCCAGCAGCAGCAGCAGCAGCAGCAGCAGACGUCCUCCUCCCCGACGCUGCUCUCCAGCCCCAACCAGAGCAGCUGGGAGUCUCGGCCCCUGCCCGCCCCGGCACGUCCCAAAGUCAACAGCAUCCUCAACCUGUUCGGCCAGUGGCUCUUCGACGCGGCCCUGGUCCACUGUAAGCUCCACAGCGGCCUCAGCAGAGACCCCAGCAUGACCGCGAUAGCCACUCAAGUAGGUCUGGAGCUGAGAAGGAAGGGUUCCCAAAUGUCCACCGACUCCAUGGUGUCCAACCCCAUGUUCGACGCCAACGAGUUCCCAGAGAGCUACGAGGCAGGGCGGGCGGAGGCCUGUGGGACGCUCUGCCGCAUCUUCUGUAGCAAGAAGACCGGAGAAGACAUUCUGCCAGUUUACCUUUCCAGGUUCUACAUGGUCCUGAUUCAGGGUCUCCAGAUCUCAGAUUUUAUCUGCAGACCAGUUCUGGCUUCUAUCAUCCUCAACUCUUCCUCUCUGUUCUGCUCCGACCUGAAAGGCAUCAACGUGCUGGUGCCCUACUUUAUAGCUGCCCUGGAGACUAUUGUACCCGACAGGGAACUGUCCAAAUUCAAGAUGUACGUAAAUCCCACCGACCUGCGGAGAGCCUCCAUCAACAUCCUGCUUGCCAUGCUGUCUUUGCCGCAUCAUUUUGGCAACAUCAAAUCAGAGGUUCUGUUGGAAGGAAAGUUCAACGAGGAGGAUGGGUGGCCACAUGACCAGCCCGUGUCUUUCCUGUCCCUGCGGCUGCGUCUCGUCAAUGUCCUCAUAGGAGCCCUUCAGACUGAGACGGACCCCACCAACACACAGCUCAUCCUGGGUGCAAUGCUAAACAUUGUUCAAGACUCUGCACUGCUGGAGUCAAUAGGUGCACAGACUGAAACGGGAAGCAUAGACGGGAGCCACAUGGCGGUGAGGAGUCACAGUCACAGCCGCACCAACAGCGGCAUCAGCUUCAACAGCGGGGGGAGCACGGAGGCCACCAGCCCCGACUCUGAGAGACCUGGCCAGGCCCUGCUGCGAGACUACGAUACGGCGGCGGGCCUGCUGGUGCGCAGCAUCCACCUGGUCACCCAGAGACUCAACUCCCAGUGGAGGCAGGACAUGAGCAUCUCACUGGCUGCACUGGAGCUGCUGGCGGGGCUAGCCAAGGUGAAGGUGGGAGUAGACUCUGCAGACCGUAAGCGGGCCGUCAGCUCUAUAUGUGGGUACAUCGUGUACCAGUGCAGCCGUCCAGCUCCCCUCCAGUCCCGAGACCUCCACUCCAUGAUUGUAGCUGCCUUCCAGUUUCUCUGUGUGUGGCUCACAGAACACCCCGACAUGCUGGAUGAGAAGGAUUGUCUGGUAGAGGUGUUGGAGAUUGUGGAGCUGGGAAUAUCUGGCAGUAAGUCUCGGCAGGAACUGGAAGUCCGACAUAAAGGGGAGAAGGAGCACAAUCCGGCCUCAAUGAGGGUGAAGGAUGCUGCGGAGGCCACUUUAUCCUGAUCUCCUCUAGAGCAGUGAUGUUUUGGGGCUGUCGCUG